GGCACACUUUGCAGCGAUAGAUUUUUUUUGUAAAAUAUGCAAAUUAUUAUCAUUUUAUGUUGAGUAAUUGUAUUGUAGCUACGCACACGUUUGCAAUUUUAGUAAAACUUGGAUUCACUUCAUCGCUUCAAACCUGAGACAUGGCUUACUCUAAUGAUGAAACAUAUCAACAUCUUGGAAGUUUUGGUCUAUUGAAUGGAGUGAUGGUAAAAAUAAGUGAUAAAUUUAAACCGCCUAGAAAGAUAUGUUUGCCACAUGAUUGGUUUCCAUCUGAUCCAAGUGAUCUGCUGAGCUAUCAGUAUAAUUUUCAGAAGGAGGAACAAGCCAUCCAAUUGGCUGAAGAAGAACGACUGAUCAAUCAGAAACAAGAAAUUGUGGAAGAGCCUGAAUAUUCUGAAGACGAUUACGAAAAUGCAGAAAUUGAGCACCAGCAUAGUAAUAUUGAAGCUAGCAGUGAAGAGUGUAAUGAGCAGAGAGAAAGAGAGACAGAAAUAUUAACCCCAUCAAUUGUGGUAAAUAUAAAACUGAAUAAUCAAGUCAAAGGCAAUAAAUUUAAUAUUAAUUUCGAAGAGUUUGAAAAUCAAAAUCAGAAUCCAUUUGAAAUGGUUGAGUUACAAACCCUUGAUGAAUUUGAUGAACUUCGUUCUGUUCUUGAACCUAAAUCUGUUAACUAUAAAAAGAAAGUUAUUCGAUCCAAAGCUGAAAGUACAACAGAAGACAAUCUUGAUUUGAGUAUAUUUACUUCUGUUUAUCCAGUGACCUCUCAUGAGGACAAAAAUACUGUUGAUACUCUAGUUGAUACUACAUCUUACGACGAACCAAAAACAUUUGAUUCUAAUUUUAAAAAUGGAACUCUAAAUUGGACAAAAUUUGAUACAGAAUCCAAUUCAACGUAUAUUCCUCAAUAUCGCAGUACCAAUCCAUUUCAACCAGAUCCUAUCAAUCAAACAGAUUUAAAUGUUUCGAAUAUUCAGUAUAUGUCUCGUUCUCCACCAGCUUGCUCAGCAAAUUCAUACAAUGCAAUUAUUCCAAAUACCACACCCCCUUUUAGUUCAUUAGAGUAUGAUGCUCCGUCCAAUGGAACUGUGUCAGGUUUAUCUAGAACGAAAUCUCUUCCAAACUUACAAGAUCAAGAGGAUUAUGAAAAUUUUGAAGCAUUUUCAAGACCUCGCACAACAUCAAGAGGUGACAUGAAAGCAAGUUUUCACAAAAGUUCUGAGCAAAUUCAACCUUCUGAUGCAAAUGUACCAAUGGGUCGCAUUGAGAAUAUUAUGAAACAGUAUAACUUUCAGAGAAUAACUGAACCCACUAACCCUUCCCAGUUCUCCACAAACACAAAUAAUGUCAGUACAAUUGACUUUGCUCAGAAUGCACGAAGCCCUGACGUAACCGUAAGUGCACAACAAUUCAUGCCUCAGCCUUUAAGCACACAACAGUGUGUGCCACAGUCUAAUAUAAACACACAACAGUAUGUAGCAAGUCCUGUUGUAAACACACAACAGUUCAUGCCACAGCAAGCAAUAAAUGCACAACAGCCAUUUAUUACUAAUCAGUUAUCACCAGAAACAAACUAUCCUAGUGCAUUAAUGCACAAUAGUAUUGGUAACUAUGUCCCGCCAUACAUGAACUCGCUUAGCCAUGCACCAACUGUGAACUCGCUUACUCAUGCACCAACCAGUAUAUAUUCAUCUGCCACGCAAAGUAUACCAACCAAUUGUCCACCAUUGUACCAAAAUACAUAUGGCAGUCCAAAGAGUGGACCCAUGUUAAUUAAAUCACAGAUGAACAGUAGUGCACAAAAUCAUAUUAAUAUUUCGCCAGGAAAUCAAAAUAUAUCUUUGCCACCCCAACUACCACCGGCAAGCAAUAAAUUAUAUGGACGGGGUGUGCUUCGACCUGCUCUUCGUGAACAUGUGCAACCUAUAAACAAUUUUGGAUCAGGUGAUUCGAACUCAGCUGUGUGUUUUGGCCAGCAAAGCAGUGGUGCUCAAAUACAGAAUAAUUCAGAGGGAACCAUUUCUCAACCCAAACCUGCAUUUCAUCAAAGUCCACUGGCAUCCGCUGAAACGACGCACGUUGACUCGUGGCUUCUCGACCAAACUCACAUGCUUUCAACAAGCGAGAAGAACUUUGCAUAUCAAUUGAGUGCUAUGGGUUUUGCAUUACCAUGCGUGUCUCGAACCAUAAAACGAUUGGGUUUGGAUGAUAAAGAGGUUUUGGAUUUUCUUUGUCUCGUUCAAGAUUUGAGAGAUAAAGGUUACGCCUCUGAUGACGUAGAGGUCGCUCUUUUAAAUAUUGAAAACAAAGAAAAGGUAACAGACUAUCUAGAUAUGGUCGCUACUUUCAAAGAACUCGGCUUUCCACCUAAAGAUAUUCAUGCAGCCCUAAAAGAAACAUCAUGUGACCAAAACAAAGCACUCGAUUACCUCACCAGGUAGUCUUUUAUACUAUAAAUUUGUAAUAUGUGGUCAAGAUCAACACGAAAAAAAGACUGACUGGUACCUAUUUUUUUAUUAGCAUGCUUAACGUGUUAUAUUUUAAUUUCGAGUUAUGAAACUAUAUCUUGUUUAAUGCGCGUAGAUGCUUCAUAUUUUAUCUCUUGAGAACUGCUUUAAAUUUAAAAAAAUUAUUUUUUAUUCUGCAGUGAAAUCCCAGUAAAUCGAAAUCGGAUAACUGGAUGUUUAUUUACCUCAAACCAUUCUCUUCGUCUCGUUGAACCUUUUUUAAAUACUUUUGCUCAUAAAAAUCACUCAGUAACACUCAGUAACUCGAACGAGUCUUAAUUACAGAAAUAUCCACGUCAAAAUAAUUUUAUAUUAAAUCUCUUUUAUUUAAACGAGUUCUUGAAUCAAAAUUUUCAUAUCACACCCUCUAAAUGUAGGCCCUCUUUUUGCCCUAAUUAAUAAUGUUUGCUAUUCUUUUUUAAUAACUUCGGCUUUAACUCGCUUGGAGGAACCAUUUACCUUAAAUUUUGAUUUGACUGCAGCUAAGAAGACUCAAAGUUUUGUUUUUGAGUGACUGAACAAUUUUCAUAGUGAAAUAUUUUUUCAACUUCUAAAAAUUAAUUGCGUUACGUGAUAACGUGUAUCAUUUAAAGGGUUUUUGGUCCGGGUUUUUUAGUUGUGUUUGGAUAACUAUACAAAUUAGAAUUUAUUUAGAUAAAGGAACAUUUCCAGGACCGUGUGUUCUAUUUUCCUGUCGAGGUUGUUAUGAUUUCUUUAAGAAGAAUUGAAUAACUUUGAAAUACCAGUCCCCUUUUUAAGCAAAGAAGAUCGAUUUUAUCUUGCAUAGCUUUAAAAACGAAAAACACUUUGUUUUAUUUUUUAUACUUUUUUAAUUUUAUUAUUUUAGAAUUUGGUUGUAAGUGUACCAUAUUGAAUUAUUUUAAAAUUAUUAUAUUGUAAACGAAA